UUCGAUAGACAAAACACCAGAAUAAUGAGCAACACUGGCGGAAGUACAGGAUUUUCAUUUGGAUUCACGCCGUCGUCCGGAUCGAUUACAUUCGGAACAACGGGAGGAGGCGAUGCAGGGACUCCCAAGACACAGACUUCUUCCCUUUUCUCCUCUGUUAAUCCCUCUCCGGCACCUAGCACUGUAGCAAGCCUCACGACACCUGCAUCUUCGGGGCUUGGAACACUGGGAGGUACAGCAACUUCCACUCCUUUCACAGGAUUCACCCCAGUCAGCACAUCUGCAGCCACAGCACCAGCUCCAGCUGCCACAGGGGGUUUUCAGCUACCCUCAGCGGCUAGUUCAGCAGCCCCAGCGGUAACUUCCGGAGGGACUUCUCUGACAUUUUCGCUUCCGGCCACUUCGGGGGGUUUUAGUGGCUUCCGAGUGCCCACAACUGCCACUGCAGCACCCACGCUGUCCACCCCGGCCACACAGGCAGCUCCUCCUGUGAAUCUAAACACAGCUACAGUGACCACAGCAUCAUCCCAGCAGAGCUCCGUCGGUCAGCUAAAUCUCUGCCAACUGGAGGAGCACAUCAACAAAUGGACACUGGAGCUGGAGGGGCAAGAGAAAGUGUUCACGAAUAAAGCCACCGAAAUCAACGCCUGGGACAAGAUUCUCACAGAAAAUGCCAAAAAGAUUGUUAAUCUGCAUGAAUCCGUGGAGAAUGUAACAGCUGAGCAGAAAGUCCUGGAGCACGAGCUGGAAAUCAUCGCUGCACAGCAUUCAGAGUUAGAGGAGUGCAUCAAGCCGCUCGAGAGUGAACUGGCCAAGAUGGUUCAGGUGGAUGGAGAACGAGCACAGACUUACAUGUUGGCUGAGAAUCUCGAUACCCAGCUCAAGCAGAUGUCUGAGGAUCUCAAGGAAGUGAUUGAGCAUCUCAAUGAGGCCAACAAGGAGAGAGAUCCCAAUGAUCCCAUCGUUCAGAUUGGCAAAAUUCUCAAUGCUCACAUGAGCUCCCUCCAGUGGAUUGAAUCCUCCACUUCGGCCAUUGCCAACAACCUGGAAGAGAUCCCUAAGCUCCUGGAGGCCAUCAAGAGGGACAAUGAUAGAUCCGCUUGGAUUAAAUAAGCGCAUUUCCCUGAGAAAUUCAAUAAAUUCUAAUUUUUCAUGCA